AUGGAUAAAGGGAGAGAGGAUAGGUGGCAAGGGUUGAGUCUUCACCCCCAUGGACCACCGCCUCUAUCAGAGGGAGUGAAGAUCCUUGGCACUUGGACUAGCCCCUUCUGCUUAAGAGUAGAACUUGCUCUAAACCUCAAGGGCAUUAGCUAUGAAUACAUAGAGCAAGACUUGAGAAACAAGAGCCCGCUUCUUCUUCAACUGAACCCAGUUCACAAAAAGGCCCCUGUUCUCAUACACAAUGACAAGGCCAUCUCUGAAUCUCUGAUCAUCCUUGAAUACAUUGAUGAAACUUGGCAAAAAAUUGCUCCUCUUGUGCCUGAAAAUGCUUACAAGAAAGCACUAGUGAGAUUUUGGGCAGACUUUUUUGAGAGAAAGGUAAUAGAGACCACCAUAGAGUUUACAGAGAACCUCAAGGUGUUUGAACAUGGUGUUCAAAAAGAUUUUGAAGGCGAGAACCCAUUCUUCAAUGGAGAAAUCCCUGGUUUUUUGGGAGUUGUAGUGUGUUCUCUGUCGAGCUGGAUCAAAGUUCUGGAAAUGGUCUCUGGAGAAAGACUGGUAGUAACUGAGAAGACCUGUGUUUUGUUCAUGGCUAGCUGCUUUCAAUGAAGUUGGGGUUGUUAGAGAGAAUUCUCCUGAACAUGGGAAGCUGCUUUCUCAUGUGAAAGCCGUGA